AUGGUUAGUACACGUAGUAGUCACCCGAAUGGUGAUGCCAAUGCAAAUGAUACUUACAAAGAUCGACAUAUUAAAAAAGUUGUUAAUUAUGAACAAGAAUCAUCGAAUGAUUCCUUUGGAAAUUCCAAAGGUCCAUCACAUUAUCAUCGUGUUUUGAGAAAACGUACACAAGCGACCUAUCAAAAUACUUUUGACUACAUGGACGAUGAUGAUGAAGAAGAAGAGCCUGUUUCACGACGGCGACGUCGAGAUGGUCGUCGAAAUGUUCGAACAUUAAUUGACACAUCCAAUAGCGGUUCUCCGACAACCGGUCGACUGGCAAAUGGCCUUCGAUCCUCAAAUUUAAGCAUGUAUGAUCGAGUAAAAAAUCGCCGUAAAUCAAUCGAUCCUGAUAUUUACUCGGAAGAACGUGAAGAAAAUGAUGACCAUGAACCAUUAGAAGAACCCGCCGAUCAAAACAAUGAGAAUGAUAAUGAGGCGAAAAAAUCAAAAACAAAGGAGCAAACACGUCAGAAUGGUGAUGGUAAUAUGACUGAAGAAAAUACGAUGGAUAUUCUCAACGAAGAAGAAGAAGGAGAAGAGGAGGAGGAGGAGGAAGAAGAAGAAUUAAACAAUCGACAAACAGGAAAAUAUUCGUUACGAGAACGAAAACCUCCGAUACAAAAAUUUUCUCUCUAUGAACAACCACGACCACGACGAAAAACAAUCUAUUAUGAUGAUGACGACGAUGAGCGACCAUCAGCAUCCAGAUCACGUCGGUCUCGACAACGAGGACGACGUAUUUCCGCUCAUGCUUCAAGUUCAUCUACAUCUGAUUCGUCAUCAGAUAGCGAAGCCAUGGGGCCACUAACGAAUGGCGAUCUUGACCCCCGUCCACAACGAACUGCACGAUUAGCUAAAAGCACGGCAUUGAAACGAAUGAGGUGUUUACCAACAAAUCUAGAUCUACUCAGUGUCUAUACAAGUUCGAAAAAGCCAAGUACACGUGCACCUUCGAAUGGUGCUGGUAGUGGCAUAGGAGCACUAAAUCUUGAAUUGAAUAGUAAAAGUCGACGAGCCAAUAAUAAUGCUGCUGUUUCAUUAGCAGAUGCUGAAUCAAUUGAAAUCGAUCGAACGAUAACGUUUGACGAUAUUGGUGGCUUAGAUCCAAUUAUUCGUUCGUUAAAAGAAAUGAUUGUUCUUCCAUUAGUUUACCCGGAAUUAUUUCAACAUUAUAAGAUUAAACCACCACGUGGUGUACUCUUCUAUGGACCACCGGGUACCGGUAAAACAUUAGUCGCUCGUGCUCUUGUCAACGAAUGUUCAUCACCUGAUCGUCGUAUUGCGUUUUUCAUGCGAAAAGGUGCCGAUUGUUUAUGUAAAUAUGUGGGCGAAAGCGAACGACAAUUACGUGUGUUAUUUGAUCAAGCUUACCAGCAACGACCCUCGAUUAUCUUUUUUGAUGAAAUUGAUGGUUUGGCACCAGUCCGAUCAGCUCGCCAAGAUCAAAUCCAUGCUUCAAUCGUUUCAACCUUGCUGGCACUCAUGGACGGUCUAGAUAAUCGUGGCGAAGUAGUUGUUAUUGGUGCGACAAAUCGUCUCGAUGCAAUUGAUCCAGCUCUACGACGACCAGGAAGAUUUGAUCGAGAAUUUCGAUUUUCAUUACCAACACUCGAAGCAAGAAAACAAAUCUUAAAAAUUCACACUAAAGAGUGGGAGUCGAAACCUCAUGCUGGCUUCAUAGAUGAAAUGGCUGUACGCACUGCUAGUUUUUGCGGUGCUGACUUGAAAAGUCUCUGUCAAGAAGCAUUCCUAUCAGCUCUCCGUCGUCGAUAUCCACAAAUUUAUGAUUCGCGACAAAAAUAUAAGAUCGAUCCAAGUUCAUUACAUUUAUCGCGUGGUGAUUUCUAUACAGCUUUGCAUCGUAUUGUUCCAGCCUGUAAUCGUGGUUGUCAGCAUCCAGUUGGUCGACCAUUAGAUAUACAUUUGAUACCUCUUCUAAGCGAGCAAUUGGAUAGAUGUUUAAAUCAAUUAAAUGAACUUUUCUUCAAACGAACAAUCAACAACAGUAAUAAUAAUUCCAACCAAAUACCAUUUCAAAGCAUCAGUGAAGAUCUCACAUCGACAACCUUGGUGCCGAAAGCAACAGCAUGCGGCUUAACAGCGUCGUUCGCGUCAAGUUCACAUCGAAGUGCUACAUUUACGAUGAGAAGUACGCCAGAAAAUGGUCUCGGUCGUUUCUUUGCGCCAGCAGUUGUACAACAACUUGAUUGCGCCUUUUUCGUUUUCGAACUGGGCUAUCUCCACGCUCAAACAGCACGAACACCCGAAGAAGCUUGUGCACAACUCUUCACAGAAGCCCGCCGAAGUGCACCGUCGAUUAUCUAUAUUCCAGAUAUUGAAAAUCUUUGGCCGAAACUAUCUGAAUCAGUGCAGUAUAUGUUCAUAUCAAACGUACGAACCCUACCUCCCAAUUUGCCUAUUCUGAUAUUAAUUGCCUUGGAAAUCGAUUCCAACGAAGAUGUCGACUCAGAUAUAAGUCAGAUCGUCUCUCCCAAAUCAACAUUUACAUUAACAGUACCAAACACCGAAGAUCGCUAUGCGUUCUUUGCUCCAUUAUUCCAUGAAGACAUGUUCACCUACGUCAGUACAGUCGAUUCUCCCAAGGAAGUGAAUCAAGAAGUUUUGGAGGUCGCUGAACCUGCACCUAUCUCUCGCGAACGUACUGAACAGGAACUGGAACGUUUGAAACAACGCGAAGAAGCAACAAUGACUGAACUGAGAGUUUUUCUUCGUGAUAUGUUAAAAAUUCUCUUACGUGACAAACGUUUUACAUAUUUCUCGCGUCCGAUUGACGUCGAAGACGUACCUGAUUAUUAUGAUGUCAUCGAGAAUCCGAUGACAUUCUCAAUAAUGCUCGAAAAAGUCGAUAAACAUGGAUAUUCAUGUGUCAAACAAUUUACUCAAGAUAUUGAUUUGAUCGUCUCGAAUGCUUUACUGUACAAUCCGGAUCACACCACACAGGGACGAUUAAUUCGACAUCGGGCUUGUGAAUUGCGAGAUGUUUGCCAAUUUCAUAUCAAUGCUGAACUAGACAUGGAAUUUGAAUUGCUAUGUCAACAAGUAACCGAAGCUCGAAAACAACGAGGCGAUGAUUCGAAAGAGUCUCUACCUAACUAUGUCUAUACUGAACAAGCAGCAACAGCAGAUAGUAGCACUCAUGUCGAGAAUGAAAAUGGUUCGUUGAAUGAAACUGAAAAUCACAUGGAUGUAUCGAAUAAAAACCCUAUGAAUAUAACUGAUCAAUCAGACAUUCAACAAGAGACUUCAACGAUCUCAACAAGAAAUUCAGCGAAACGAAAUAAGGGUCAUCAUCAAAAUCACCGUUCAACGCUAACGAGAAAACAGAUGAAAGAAAAAGAAGCAGUCAAUGGUCACAAUGAAGAAACGGUUCUUUCUUCUGAAGACGCGAGUACCGUAAUGACGACGACAGUGGCUGAAAUUUCGGCAAAACCACCAACACCGACUAAUAAUACAACUGAAUCUGCAGCAACAACAACCAAUCAAUCAUCUCUUUCACCAGAGUCACCAACAACUGAUUCCUCAAAUCGAAAACGUGUUAAACGAACAGUAUCAUCCAUUUCAUUGUCACCUUCGAAACUAACAUCUCCAAAUGAUACAGGCGCAAAACGUCAACGAACAGAUUCAACCAUUCAGCCUGUCGAAUCUGCACCAGCUCAUAUUGAACAUAGAGAUCUUCCAACUCGUAAAAUGGAUUCAGUACGUCUUCGAUCGAACUUGGACUACGUAGUUGAACAUACUGAUAACUUCGGCGUUGAGAAAUUAAGCAAUAUUUGGUUUGAAAUCUUUGAUCUCAUUGAAUCAUGUCGCUUACUUCCAUCAGAUGAAUUGAUUUUUGAAAAACUCGAAACAAUCUUACCAUUUCGCAUUCUUGAAACAAAACCUAACUCUACUAAACAUGAACUUUCUCAGGAAGAGCGUUAUAUGGAAAAACAAUUUUCUUUUCAUGGUCUUCUGUCUUUAUCUCAUAUGUCAACGGUUAUUGCGAAUAGUAAAGUGGUUCAAGUGUGUAAUAUAUCCACGUCUUGUCAGAAAGAUCAAUUGAAAGCUCUGUUCAACUUCUUUGGCAGAAUUGAUGAAGUUCAACUGUAUCCCGAUAGCGAAACCUUAGCCUCAACAAUCAAUGGUAAAGUUGGCUAUAUCAAGUUCGAUCGCACUGAUAGUAUCCAUGGCGCAUUAAACAUGACGAAUACAGUCUUUAUUGAUAAGCCAUUGAUUGUCACUCAAGUCUUUGAGAAUGCUAUACCUGAUGAGACAGAUGCUAUGACUUAUUGUGCACCAUUGAAUCCAAAUGUUACACUACUUAGUGGUGGACCAACAUGGCCGAGUACGGUUAUUAAUCGACUUGUUGGUCAAUUACCGAAUGCUUAUAUUGAAACAAUCGAUCCCGAGCUGACUGAUCGUAAUUUACCAGCUUAUCCUCCAUUACCAGGCUCGUUGGAUAUAGCCAAGGUAGAAGAGAUUCGUCGUACGGUCUAUUUAUCUAAUAUAGAUAAAGAAAUUGAAUUGGAUGUUUUACAUGAAUUUUUGUCUCAAGUUGGUGAAAUUCGUUAUAUUCGUUCGGCUUAUACCGACGAGAAUGCGGAGGUACGUGGCGCUUACGUUGAAUUCAGCGAACAACCAUCUAUUCCAAAAGUUCUAUCCAUAAAUGGCUUUCAAUUUUUCGGGCGACCAUUAUUAGUAAAUCACGCAACGUCGUGUGUGAUCAAACCCGCAACUGUUCGAGGAUUACGAAGUGAUGAGGAAGAUAUGAAAUUUAGUCGAUCACGCUCUCGAAGUGAGUCACGUCGUCAUGGUUCAGGAAGUGGUGAAGAGAGCGACCAUGGUCGCCAUUCAUCAUCAAGAUCAAAAUCUCGAAAGAAGUCGUCGAAAUCAGCACGAUCACCGAAACGUCGCUCAAAAUCGCGAAAACGCACUCGAUCUCGAUCACGCGAUCGAAAGCGUCGUUCACGUUCGCGAUCCAACGACCGGCAUCGCCGAAAGAAAGACUCGCACAAGCGUUCACGCUCACGAUCUCGCUCACGUUCUAAAGGGCGACAUAAUCGAAAUGAAAGUCGAAAAGAGAAAAAAUCUCGACAUUAA